UUGAAAAAAAUCAUCAUAUUCAUCCUCGCUAAACAUUUUAGGGCGGCUCCGCUUCUUCUUCUUUAUUUUUUCACAUAGAAAACGCUCCGUAUUCGUGUUCGCAUAGCGUUUUCCCACUCACCGAUGAGUGUGAAAUUUGUUUAGAUUAUUCGCGCUGUUUGAGAUUUUUCUUCGUCUCGUUUCUCGUAAACAGAUUUUUCAAAAACAAAAAGUUCUAAUCGAGAAAAUUUUGAAGAAAAUCCAUCUGUGACCGAUUAACCGACCGACACCCAAAAAUUUUACUCUGUUUAAUAUCAAAAAAAGAGUGUGCUAAAUUGUGAGAGAAUUGAGCAAAUUCCAAAAAAAGAAAAGAAAAGAAAAAUAUACACCUUACUCUAAAUGUUAUCAAAAAAGUGAAAUAAAAAGAAAAUAUAUAGAUACACAUUCCAACAAGUGCAUCAGGUUUUAAACCCGAAAAAGAGAGCAGAAUUCCACCUCCAUAAUUAUCAAAAAUACACUUCCUCUGAUAACACGAUAAAAUCAUCGUCAUCAGCUUCAACUUCAGCUUCAGCUUUAGCAUCAACCUAGAUUCAUCCUCCCUUAUUAAGUGGAAUAUUUGAAAUCGAAAUCAAUCGUGCGGUAUAAAUUUUGUUCGCAUUUGAGGAAUCUUAUAUACUUUUGCUGUUGGUCCGGCUUCUGUUCCUAUAAUACCGUUAAUUGUUGCUGAGAACGCUGAGAUAAAAAAAAAGACAAACCUUUAUCAAUUUGAUUUUUGGUUUUAUUUUUUUGAAUUUUAUUUUUUUCGUAUUCUCAAGUAAAAGUCGGCCAUUCACGGCCGAUUCCGACGACCUUCAAAACGUUUUGUGUAGAAGCAAUACGCACAAUGGGCUGCGCACAGUCUGCUGAGGAACGAGCUGCAGCCGCUAGGAGUCGCCUUAUUGAAAGGAACCUGAAAGAAGAUGGUAUUCAAGCGGCUAAGGAUAUUAAACUAUUAUUGCUUGGUGCUGGUGAAUCAGGAAAAAGUACGAUAGUCAAACAAAUGAAAAUCAUUCACGAAAGCGGGUUCACUUCGGAGGAUUUUAAACAAUAUCGACCAGUUGUAUACAGCAAUACAAUACAAUCCUUAGUUGCAAUACUUAGAGCCAUGCCAAAUCUCAGUAUUCAAUAUAGCAAUAAUGAAAGAGAGAGUGAUGCAAAAAUGGUUUUCGAUGUGUGUCAAAGGAUGCAUGACACGGAACCAUUCUCAGAGGAAUUAUUGGCUGCUAUGAAACGAUUAUGGCAGGACACUGGUGUUCAAGAGUGCUUCUCACGUAGCAACGAAUAUCAACUAAAUGAUUCCGCUAAAUAUUUCCUUGACGAUUUGGAUCGAUUAGGUGCAAAAGAUUACCAACCAACCGAACAGGAUAUAUUGCGCACUCGUGUCAAAACAACUGGUAUUGUCGAAGUGCACUUCUCUUUCAAAAACCUUAAUUUUAAGUUAUUUGAUGUCGGUGGGCAACGUUCUGAGCGAAAGAAAUGGAUCCAUUGCUUCGAAGAUGUAACAGCGAUCAUUUUCUGUGUAGCUAUGUCUGAAUACGAUCAAGUAUUACACGAAGACGAAACUACGAACCGAAUGCAAGAGUCAUUAAAACUUUUCGAUUCCAUCUGUAACAACAAAUGGUUUACAGACACCUCGAUAAUUUUAUUCUUAAACAAAAAGGAUUUAUUCGAAGAGAAGAUCCGAAAGAGCCCAUUGACAAUCUGUUUCCCAGAAUACACCGGCGGACAAGAAUAUGGUGAAGCAGCCGCAUACAUUCAAGCUCAAUUCGAAGCGAAAAACAAAUCAACCUCAAAAGAAAUUUACUGCCACAUGACGUGCGCCACAGAUACAAAUAAUAUUCAAUUUGUAUUCGAUGCAGUCACCGAUGUAAUUAUUGCAAAUAACCUGCGAGGAUGUGGUCUCUAUUAGAUGAUAAUGGCACAAAAACAAAUAAAUAAAAUAAUAAAAACAAAAAAUAUAAAAAUAAAAGUAAAAAUCCAAAAACAACAAGUAAUAUUAAAAAUUUAUAAUAAUUCAUUUAAUAACAAUAAUAAAUUAUUGUUGUUAUUAUUUAUUAAUUAUUAUUAUUAUUAUAUUAUAUGAUAAUGAACAUUUUACAGAAACAAAUUUCUUAUUUAAUUAAAAAAAAAAAAACAGAAAUUACUAUAAGGUUUAAUAUAAUAUUUAACUAGUUAUUAUUAUUUAAUAUAAAACAAAAAAACAAAACAAGAAAGAACGAUAAAAAUACAAAAAAUUUGUUAAAAUAAAAACAAACUUAAUUAAGCCAUACAGAAGAACAAUGUAAAACUAAAAAAAAAAACUUUCAAAAACACCACCACCCAAAAUCAUUAAGAACAAAAAGCCCAACCACAACCAAAACAAAAACAAAAUAAUCUUCUUAUUACCUACUAUCGACUUGUAUUCUCUUUGUAUUAUAAUUUUAUUGACAAACAAAUAUUUUACUAACUUAUUUAGAACAAAACAAAAAAAAUACGUAUAAAAUACACAAGAAUAUAAAUAUAUAUUUUCAUGUUGCUAUUUAAAAAACAAAACAGAAACACACUAUAUAACAUAAAACUUGCCAUAUAUAAAGAAAACAAACAAAAAAUCGACUAAUUCUAUAUUUCAUUUAUGUUUAAGUUGCUUAAGCAAUUCUAAUAACAAAAUCGCGCACAAAUUUUGUUAAACAAAACAGUAAAAACAACAAAAAACAUGUAUUUAAAUAUUUUUUUUUGUUUUCAAAACAUGACAACAAUAAGCACAAUUUUCUGAUUUAUUUUAUUUAUUUUCUUUUUUUUUAAGAAUAACAUUUAUUAAGAACAAAGUACAUAAUACAUACAAAAAAACGCACACACACAUCACGCAUAACUAUAUUUACGUCGUCGUAUUUGUUUAAACUUCGAAUAAUAUUUAAAAAGUACGUAUUCGUAUUUAUAUUUAAAUACUAUAUAUAUUUUUGUUCUCUCUACAAUCUCUACAAAACUUUAUGUAUUUAAAUCUGCAUUUUUAUUUAGUCUUUAAGUUAUCCUUUAUUUUUCUGUUUAAUAUUUAAAAUAAAUUAAUAAUACUUAAUAAACAAAUAAAAGAUGUAAUUGAAGAGGUGAUAACACUAACAGUAAUUUUUUAAAUGCAGUUUCAAGAUGAUUUCGAAGUAAGAAUUUGAAAAAAAAGAUAUGAAACAGUGUAAACGUACAGUUUUGGAAUAUGCCAAGCCUAUGGAGUUUGAAAAGAGGUGCUUUCAGGUGACUUGUAGUGUCCUCAAUCUGGCGUGUUAUAUAGUUUUUGAGACGGUUUCUAAAAAGUAAAAGUCCUUAACAAAACCUGAAGCGCUCAAUUAUUAUUUCUGGAGUGCAAAAGAAAGUUAUAGUACUCCUUAGUUAAUUGUCGAAAUUUUGAUGUAAGACCUUUUUAAGUUUUCGUGCUUAGUUUCUUUUUGAUAGAAGCAAUUUGGCGAAGAAUCAGAAAUAUAAACUAACCAAUAACAGCAUUAAAACUAAUACAAAAUUGAAAAGUAAAAAAAAGUAAUGAAUUACAUUUUCUAAAUGAAGUAUAUUCGAAUUCUGUUUUUGAUAGACAAAAAUCAUAUUUAGCAGAAAUUGAGAAGAAGCUAACUAGAGCAAAAUUGAAGUUUGUAUCAAUGUUUUGCUAAAUGUACUUUCAGGUUGAAAACAUAUUUUUCAUUCUAAAUUUAACUUUUGAGAUUUUUAGAAUUUAAUUCUAGACUGCUCGAGAUCUGAAUUGGUUGUAAUUUAACUUUAAAAUUUUCGACGGGUUUGAAAGCUCUCAGGAUUCAUACAGAUUUCCAUUUUCUUGCCAUAAUGUUUUUCUUGUAUCAAACUUUCUCUGAAACUGAAAUGAACAGAGCCUGCUAAGCAUUUUUUUGUUGUCAAUUUUAUUUGAAAUAUUCCCUAAUUUAUACAUUUUCUAUCUGAUUUUUAGUUAAAUGAUAAAUAUUUUCUAAGAAUUAAAAACAAAAAUGAAACAUGUUUAAAUUAUAAACAAUUAUGAAAAUCUCAACAAAAAAAGAAAAAAACAGUUUGAAAUUUUAGUUUUUUAUUUGUUUUAAUUGGAUAGAUGAUUUUGUUACAAUUUAUUUAAAGGUAAAAACCUUGCAUUUAAAACAUUCCUAGUUAUGAAAUAGAUCCAUAUUUUCUGUUUGUAUUAAUUUUGCUUACAAAUAUUUUCGAUAUGAGUAUGCUUUUUGAAAUGGCCUAUUAAAUAAUUUAUUUUAAUUUUUUGUUUGAAUAAUUUGUUGAAAGAAAAUAAUUUCGAUCUAAAAUUUUAAUUAAAAUGUACCACAAAGAAAUAAACUUGUAUUUAGUUUUUAUUGCAUACAUUAAAAAAAACUGUACAUAAAAACAAA